CAUCUCCGCUCUCACACACUCACACACGCACGCACACGCGUGGCCGCCGCCAGGUCGGCAACUUCGUCGGGCGCUCCCAGCGGCUCUCGGCUUCCUCCUGUAGUAGUUGGGCUCAGGCCCCGCCUCCCGGCAGUGUUGUCAAACGGGCGGGGGUCUCGGAUUGGUCCAGCCGCCGGGACAACACCUGCUCGACUCCUUCAUUCAAGUGACACCAGAGCUUCCAGGGAUAUUUGAGGCACCAUCCCUGCCAUUGCCCGGCACUCGCGGCGCCGCUAACAGCCUGGUCACAUGCUCUCCGGAGAGCUACGGGAGGGUGCUGGGUAACCUCUAUCCGAGCCGCGGCAGCGAGGAGGGAAAAGGCGAGCGAAGAGGAAGAGUGGGAGGAGGAGGGGAAGCGGAGAAGGAGGAGGAAGAGGAGGAGAAGAGCACAAAGAAUCCAGGUCUCCGGGCGGGAGAUUUACACCAAGAACCAUGUGUGCCGAGCGGCUGGGCCAGUUCGUGACCCUAGCUUUGCUGUUAGCUACCUUCGACCCGGCGCGAGGGACCGAGGCCACCAAUCCGCCCGAAAGUCCCCAAGACCGGGGCUCCCAGCAGAAGGGCCGUCUGUCCUUGCAGAACACAGCGGAAAUCCAGCACUGUUUGGUCAACGCUGGCGAUGUGGGCUGUGGCGUGUUUGAAUGUUUCGAGAACAACUCUUGUGAGAUUCGGGGCUUACAUGGGAUUUGCAUGACUUUUCUGCACAACGCUGGAAAAUUUGAUGCCCAGGGCAAGUCAUUCAUCAAAGAUGCCCUGAAGUGUAAGGCCCACGCGUUGCGGCACCGAUUCGGCUGCAUAAGCCGCAAGUGUCCGGCCAUCAAGGAGAUGGUGUUCCAGUUACAGCGGGAAUGCUACCUCAAACACGACCUGUGCUCGGCCGCCCAGGAGAACACCCGGGUCAUGGUGGAGAUGAUACACUUCAAGGACUUGCUGCUGCACGAACCCUACGUGGACCUGGUGAACCUGCUGCUGACCUGUGGGGAGGAGGUGAAGGAGGCCAUUACCCACAGCGUCCAGGCUCAGUGCGAGCAGAACUGGGGAAGCCUGUGCUCCAUCUUGAGCUUCUGCACCUCGGCCAUCCAGAGGCCCCCCACGGCGCCUCCUGAGCACCCGCCCCAGGGCGACAGAGCCAAGCCCUCCAGGGCCCACGGGGAAGCAGGUCACCCCCUCUCAGAGCCCAGCAGUCGGGAGACUGGCCGAGGCGCCAAGGGCGAGCGAGCUAGCAAGAGCCACCCAAUCGCCCACGCCCGGGGCAGAGCGGCUGGCCACGGGGCCCAGGGGACUUCUGGAAGCAGCGAGUGGGAGGAUGAACAGUCUGAGUAUUCCGACAUCCGGAGGUGAAACGAAAGGCCCAGCCGGGAAGUCUUUCCUCCACGCCGUCCAUUUUCUUCUCUAUGGACAUUCCAAGACAUUUGCCAUUAAAGAGGGGGGAUGUCACACGCAGGAUUUGAUGGGGAUUGCGGACUUGCUGGAGGUGUAUGUUAGCGGCAUGAACAGGUGAGGCGGAGGCUCCCUGGGCAGCGGCGAGGGCUCGGUUGUGCCUGGUGGGUCCCGCACCUGCACAUCCUGAAGGGAGGGCGCCACCCCUCCCUCUUGCGACUUUGCCUUCUUUCGCUCCGUGGAGCCCCCGCCCCUGGGGCAGUGGCCUGCGGUUUCCUCUGCAGGGGGAGGUGACGGGGAGGGCGGGGGUGAACCGACCCACAGGGGCUGGCCCCCGCCCGUAGCUUCUGCUGCUGUCUUUGUGGAGGGCAGCUGGACUCUGGUGCAGGAGUGGGUGUGCAAACCUCCCUGGGAAUCAGGAGAAGGGUGCAGCGGAGGCAGGGGCCAUGUGGGUGCUUGGUGCCAAACCGAAAUCCAGCUUCUUGCAUGGACCCUUGAGGUUUGGAGCAACUUGGGACGGGGAGGGCCGAGGGUUCUAAGUGUAAUUUCUGAGCCAUUGUUGUCUGCGGGACCCUGUCUGAGGGCGUGGCCCCUGUGUGUUUGUAUUUUAACCACUGCUUCACGUCUCAAUUUCACUUUCUUAUUUAUCCAGUUACAUCUCCAUAUCUGUCGUCUCAAUAAAUAGCUUUCAAACUAAGCAACUGGGUCAUUAAAACCAGCUCAAAGGAAAAGCAAACAAACAAAAAAAACAAACCAUCUUUAGGGGCUGCAUUUUUUACGUGCUCUUUUAAAAGGAAUCAAAGAGCCAUGUAACUACAUCUGACUGCCUGACGUGGGUUCCUUGCCACUUAGGGCAAAGCCCACACCUGGAGGAAAAUGCACACACCAGGAGGGCAUCUGACAGAUUUCCUUUUGCAUGUCGGUCUCUCACCCUGACCCUCAGCCAAGAUGGAUAAAGCACCGUACCCUGGGUACCGCAAAGCCAAGUUGGAAAGCUGGCCUCUCCGUGCCAGAGGAUGGAAAAAGGGGAACGGAGCAUGGCGACUCCGUGCUUUUCACCAGGCAACGCCCAUCUCUUACAUCAAUGGAGGAGACUGCUGAGAAUCGCUGAGGGACGAGAUUUCCCGGGUCCAGACUGAACUUUAGCAAUGAGAAAAGGAGUCAGAGUGGCCACAGGAAAGGCAGAGAGGAGAGACAGACCUAAAAAUACAAGGAGAGGAUUAUAACAGAAAGCCUCAGCCGUGGAUGUCUCGUUACUGAAAAGGUUUCAGAGAGAGGUCUUUCCUCCUCUUUCCUAACAGGCUACACAUUAAAGAGUAUCCUUUCUUGCAGCCAGCACUCAACUAGGAGCCCAGUAUUGCAAGGAGUGGAUGGAUGUGCUGGGCCAGAUCCUUCUAGACCAGGGGUCGGCAAACCUUUCCUGCAAAGGUCCAGAUAGUAACUACACUAUUUUCAGUUUGGCAGGUGGUAGGGUUUCUGUUGCUGCUAUUCAACUUGGCCUUUAUAGCAGGAAAGCAGACCUACCUAGACAACCCAUAGCAAAUAGGCUUGGCUCCGCUGCAUUAACAUUUUAUUUAACAGGCGCCCAACGGGAUUUGGCUCUUGGGACUAAGUUUGCUGAUUGCCAUUCUAGUGACUGGGCAAAAAAAAACAUGCAUCCCCCAUUUGUAUCAGCUCAUAGCGCUCCCUCAGAGCAACCUGAGGCCAGAGAUAAAGGGAGCUAAAUUUAUCUCCUCGAAAACGAUUCGUUCCACAGGAUGCCCUUACCCAGAGCCAAGCUAGUGUCUCUAUACCCCAGAUCCAAUCUCGUUGCCAAGACGCCGGUGCUGGAGUGUCAUUUCAUGCACCGUGUUGGAAAGAAACCAUUUGGGUGUUGGGGGUGGCGGGGGCCAAAAGACUGGGAGAAGCACCUCGAAAGAACUGGAGCUGCAGAAAGCCGAGGAGGUAGCGCCCUUGAUCCAGCUCUGCCCGCAGAGGGAAGAGGACCCGCGUGUCAGGCUCUGCCGUGGGAACCAAACGUAAGCGCUGUCUCAAGCCACACAGCACGUGGACUGUUUUCCUUACGUCACUCAAAAGCCGAAGCAAUAACAUUCUCCCGCGUUGCUGGGUCAGCUGUUCAUUUGUCCGCCGGCGCCCGGGCUGGAUGGAUGAAAGGCAUCACUUUUGUAUUUUCCUCAGUGUAAAUGUUGUAUGUGUUCGCCUACUGACAUCCCAUGUGCUGCUUCUAUUGUAAAUAUUUGUCGUUUGUAUUUAUUAUCUCAGCGUCCCCCCCCGCCCCCCCCGCCACCCCGAGGCGUAGACUUACUUACUCUGUUGAUUGGAACCCCUUGACUGAUCUCUGUUGUCUGUUUUUCAUGCCACUGGUUUGUUUCUUCUCAAAAGUCAGGUCGACAUCAUAGCAUUCGGAUUCCUAAUGGUUGGAGGCAUCCGAUAGUAUUUGUUGCUCAGAUUCUUUAUCUCAAAACGGAGGAAAAUCCAAAUUCCUGUAAGCAUGGACAGAGGCAUUGGUGCAAUCUAAAAUGUAAGCAAAGUCGUCCUUAAAAAUAGACCUUCCACUCCGGCUUCAGACCUCAUACAGAUGUACUCAUGAGUCUUCCUUUGCGGAAGGAUGUGGAUUUCCAAAUAAAGAUAUGGUGUUUAUUUUGAGCCUCGCAUCUUAACGAGAUGAUCCGAACACCUCUCCUUUGUAUCAAUAAAUAGGCCUGUUAUUCUGAAGUGAGAGGCCUGAGUGAAAUGCUGACACUCAAAACUGAAUAAAUAGAAAACGCCAGCCCAGAGCUGGAGUCGUACUUUGACACACACACAAAGAGAGAAAUUCCAGCUAGAAGCAAGGAAAAGGCUUCGCUAGAACAACAUGGAAAAACAAUGCUUCCAGGGCCCAUUUCCUAAGGAAGAACAACCCUCGUCUGAUCUCAGAAUUGGCACCACAUGAGCUUGCUAAGUCAUAAUAUCUGUUUCUGUUAUGGAUUUAGGCAGUAGGACCUGUUCGUUGUCACAUCGCAUUAUCUUUCUCCGAGCAUUAAUAAAGGUUUUAAAUAAUUGA